AUGGGGGCCCAGGAUAGAGAAGCAUACUCCAGCGACGUCGAGAUGGGUGAAGGGCAAUCUUCCGAGUUGACCACCGUCAACUCAGACGCGGCGCCGAAUUCAGACACAAAAGCAAAGCAACAAGACCUUGGACUGAGACAUCGCGACAAAGCAGCCGGCCUCAGCCUGACGCAAGCGAGUGAUCCUCGAACAGUCCAGCAGCAGCCUACGUCCGACAACAACGGUAGUUCGGCCUCAGAAUCCCUCAUCCCUAGUCCCUCAAACCAGUCCACCGCCGCUACUUCGUUGAACACCGACGUCCCCCCAACUGCCACCUCCAUGCCGUCCAUCGAUGAGCAAAUUGUCAAAGUCACACAACUGGCACAGCAAGAACUCCACAGCGGGCAAAAGGGGUAUGUUAUAUCUGCAAAAUGGCUUCAAAGAGUGCAGGCGCGAAGUUCGCAACUUGGCGAGGCUGGGAAAGUUGAAAAGUCAGCAACAGAAGGUGACAUUGGGCCAAUCGACAAUUCGGACCUGGCCAUGGUGGUCGAAGAGUCGACUAGGCUGGUAGACGAAGCAGGAGAGCCAUAUGUGCCGUUACGUCCUGGCCUGACUCUCGGCGAAGACUACGAAAUCUUCCCUCAAGAAGCCUGGGAUUUGAUUGUUUCCUGGUAUGGCAUUGCGAAGGACUCACCAACACUCACGAGAUACGCUCAUGACUGGAGCGAACCGGGUGCCAUUCCCAGCGUCUCCUGGGAGUUGAACCCACCUAUUUUUUCCUUCCUCAAAAUCCCCAGUGAACAUACAGCCCAAACGCAACGCGAAAGGGACCUGCCACCCCAGCGUUUGCUAGCAAGCAAGAAGAAGUCUUUCACAGAAUGGCUGAAGGCAGGCAAAAGACUACUGAACAUUGAUAUCAACACAAGAGUCCGAGUCUGGAGGGUGCUGGGCGGUCUGAAGAGCUCCACUGCUUCAGGCAUCCUUACCCCCGUGGCUUCGCGAAGUGCGUCCCCGGCCCCAGGUGCGGAAAUCAUUGCGAGUGCCGGCGACCGGAUGCUCCUGGAUGUCAAUACAUUUGUUCACCUACAGAUCGGUGAGCAGCGGGAACUACUCAACGUCGUAGAUCACACAGCGAAUCCCAACUACGAUGGCAAAUCGACCCUCGGUACUUUCGGUCUUGGUAGAGACGACGUGAUUGUCCUAGAAGAGCGAAAACCCGGCAAAGACGAGUGGCCAAGUGAGAACCCUAAACUCACCUUGGGCAAAGGACUAAAGACCGUGCCGAAGAAUCUUACUUCAAGUGGCAGAUCCAGUCCAGCUCCUGGAAUGAUGACGCGAGGUCGACAAAAAAGAGAUACGAGACCACGCGGCAUCACUGGAUUGAGCAAUUUGGGCAACACUUGUUACAUGAAUUCCGCCUUGCAAAGCCUCCGAAGCGUAGAAGAACUGACCCAAUACUUUCUGCACGACCAGUGGAAGCAAGACCUUAAUGUGGAUAACGCUCUGGGCCAUCAUGGAGAGGUUGCUAGGGCCUACGCCAACUUGCUCCAUCAGAUCUACGACGAAAGCACUUCUUCGACAAAUCCUUCUCGAUUCAAGACUACCAUCGGAAAGUAUGGGCCAAGUUUCCAGGGCUUCGCACAGCAGGACUCACAGGAGUUUUUACUCUUCCUGCUUGACGGCUUACAGGAAGAUCUGAACCGCAUCCACAAGAAGCCUUACAUUGAGAAGCCUGAUUCGACGGAUGACAUGGUUCAUGAUACUGCAGCUCUCAGGGCCUUUGCCGAUAAGAAUUGGGAAAUUUACAAGGCGAGAAAUGACUCUGUUGUCACAGACUUAUUUGCCGGGAUGUACAAAUCAACCCUGACCUGCCCGGUGUGUGACAAAGUCAGCAUCAUUUUCGACCCGUUCAACAACCUCACCUUGCAGCUUCCAAUCGAAAAUAACUUUCAAAAAGAAAUCUUGUACUUUCCUCUUCAUAAGCGUCCGAUCCGAAUCGACGUUGAAAUCAACAAGCAUGCUACUUUCAAAGACCUGAAGGAGUACAUCGUCACCAGGACACAUGCUGACGUUGAUCGGUUGCUGGUUGCGGAGUCCUACAAGAACAAGAUUUAUAAGAUCUUUGACAACAACAUGAUCAUCUCCGAGCUUACCAUCCAUGAAUCAGACAUCAUCUGUGCGUACGAGUUGGAAUCGGUCCCUACGAACUACAACCCAAACAAGGCUAAAAAGUUCUCCCCCCACACGAUUGGGCGGGAUGCCGAAGACGAAUUAGUGGCUCAAGACAGCCCCGAAGCCGACCGGCUACUCGUUCCCAUGUACCAUAGGCUCGUCAAAGCGCCAGCAUCACGAGUAGGGUCCAAACCCUUCUUUGGUCUACCAACAUAUCUCGUCUUGACUCGAGAGGAUCGUGCGACGUAUGAGGGUAUACUCAAAAAGAUCCUCGGCAAUGUUGCAGGAAUGACCACGAGAAAGAUCUUUGAAGAAGGGGACAAUGCAUCCGACGAUGGGGUAGCAACUCCCGAAGACUCUGAUACUAUGGUGGUGACGGACGACAUGUCGAGUUCAGGAUCGAACUUGCCCACUGCAGUCUCUGCCCGAGGGGAGGACGGUACUCUAGACGUCUCGAUGCGUGAUGUCAGCCAAGUUUCUGAGACGCCGUCCCAAUCACCCGUCUCUGCCGACGCGAGCUUAUCAUACCUUCAUUCACACUCUUCUAUUCCUCGCCAGCUUCGAGGCCUCUUCACCGUCCAUGUUGCGUCAACGGGCGAGGGCAUUCCCACGGGAUGGAAUCAAAUCUCAGAAGCCCAAGACUACGAAGAUAUCAGCAAUCGUGUUCCAAGAACCGUGCCUCACCGUACUAAGAAAGGGGUCGGGGCAUCAGACGCUGCUAAUGGUGACAGCGGUUCCGCAACGAGUGAAGACGAGCUUGCUGAUAUCGAGCAUGAUGAUGCCACUAUUGGCAGCAACGACUCGGGUUCAGAGUCGAAUGCCAGUCCACCACUACCUUCUGGACCGGAUUCUGACACCGAGUUUCCGGAUGUGCAGGAAGUGCUGAGACGUCCCAUGUCCAAAAAGGCUCAGAGAUACAAGAAUCGAGGCAAGAAAUACGGAAGGCGCAAUUUGCGUCGGACUCCUCUGUCUCCGCCGCCUCCCCAACCAUUGCCCAAGGUCAAAACUGGAAAUCUGGUUAGACCUGGUGAAGCUAUUAUUCUUGAUUGGACUCAGGAUGCAUGGGACGCCUUGUUUGGAGGAUCAGAGCGAGAACCUGCGGAACUGCGGGGUGCGCCGACCUGGAAGAGCGUCCCACUAUUUCAUGAUGAAGAGUUAUUGGCCAGGCGUGCCCAGCGAACGCGUCGCACGAAGAAUGGGAUUAGUCUAGAGGACUGUUUGAAUGAAUUUGGCAAGUCUGAGACCUUGUCUGAAACAAAUGCAUGGUACUGCCCUCGAUGCAAAGAGCAUCGCCGCGCCGAGAAGAUGUUUGAAUUGUGGAAGGCGCCUGACAUUCUCAUCAUGCAUUUCAAGCGUUUCAGCAAUAACCGAAACUUUAGAGACAAGCUUGAGGUGAAGGUUGACUAUCCUGUUGAGGGGCUCGAUCUGUCUGGCAUGGUUAGGGACCAGCAGGACGGCAGGAGCUUGAUUUAUGAUCUGAUAGCCGUCGACAACCACUAUGGUGGUCUGGGAGGAGGUCACUACACCGCCUACGCGAAGAAUUUCUUCAACAACAGUUGGUACGAAUACAAUGGUCCAGACUCCCAUGUUUCGUCCAAAACAGAUCCACGAUCAGUGGUCACUAGCGCGGCGUACCUCUUGUUCUAUCGCAGACGGUCAGACCACCCUUUAGGCGGACCGAAACUGCAGGAGCUGUUGGAGUCGAGCAGCCAUACAGAAGCCGACUCUGAGGUACCAGCAGAGUCUCCUGAUUCCUCGCCGGUUACGGGGGAAGGUCGGCGACUCGGCGACUCCUCCCACAAUGGGUUGUCGAGCGCUUACACAGCCGGUCAAGGUCACCGCGUGGGAGCGGGUGGCUCAGCAGCGGAAGAAGGAAGUCAGGAUCAAGAUCUACUAGUCGGAGACGAGAGUCCACCGAGACUGCUCGGGCCUCCAGCCGAUGAUGAACUACCUCCGUACCAAGUUGCUCUGACUGAUGACGAAGGGGUUGUCAUGGAAGAGAAUGUCCCUCUGUGGCAACAAACCUGGGGGUUUGACGGUCUGGCGUCGGGCUCUCGUGUGCCAGCGCCUUCGGAGGACGGCGGCAUGUUUGGUGACAAGGACAGUUCCAACGACAGUACCAGAGUGGAGGGCAAUGUUGGGAGUCCAGCACACAGCUUACUGGACCUUGAUGUUGCUGAGGACAUGAAUGACCCCAUCUACAGUGAGCCCAUCACGCAUGAAGACUAUGGCCGGCGCAUUGUGAGGGAGAGCGCGCCUCCUCCGGAGGUGCCUGAUAUGAUGAAUGACGACGAGGACGAUCCUCCUGUGAUGGAGCUCCAGGCAGAUCCGGCGAACAACGACGAGCUCGUCUUCAAUCCGGUGACCAAGUGA